AAAAUAAUAAUAAUAAGUGUUGUAGACCAGCCUAGCCUCUUAAUUCUCAGUGCCCCUACUACAUAUAUUGUUGUGUUUCCUUACAGUGUAAUACUAGAACUAGUAAACGCCACAAAUUAGUAAACCAGCAAGAGCACAUGGGCGGGACGUCACCGGAUGAUGCAUCUUCCGGCAAGUGCUUCUCCGGCAUCCUAAGCCGGAUUCUUUGCAGCAGGAGUCUCCCAACCCAUCCUUCCGAUCAACUCCCCGACCCGGACGCCGCCAAGGCCUUCUUCCACCGCCGUCAAGAAUUAUCCUCUGUAAAUUCCGAGGCCAAUAAUGGCAGAGCUCCGGGAGUAGUAGCAAGACUGAUGGGCCUGGAAUCCAUGCCGGACUUGAUGGUCUCGAAAGGCCGGCCGUUGGGGUCGUUUCUCCGGAGCAGAUCAGUGAACUUCAUCGAUUUCUUGCCUCAGAUUGGCCUUACUACAGGGGAAGCCCAACAUAGGAGAGUCCGAACAUCCAUGUCGUUCCGAGAAGCUAUUGGGUUCGAUAAAGAGAAACACGAUUUCCUCGUUCUGUGUUUCGAUUCGCGAGAUGAGACCAGGAAAGAGGUAAUGCCGCCGCAAAAGCAUCAGGUCGCGAGUUUUCCAGAAGUGAAGCCCUAUAAGGCGGAGAAGACAAACCAGAAGACUCUUGUGAAGAAGAAGUCAACUGAGAGGUUAACGGAGCCGCCGUCAAAGAGGAGUCUUGAAGUCAGCGUUCCAGCUAGGAGGAGGAAUCCUAAUAACGUUGAUGUUAACAGAAAAGAGAGUUUAGCUUUGAAGGAGAAAAGGGCAGUGAAGAAACCAGUAGAUUCCAGGAGAGUUUCCAUAGAACCAAAUCCUAAUAGGAAGAAGAAGAAGAGCAGAUAUGUUAGGAACAAUAGAAUACAGCCUGAAUAUGGCUCAAUUCUUGAUCAUCCUAAAAGUUCCCCAGCAAAGUCAGAGAAUUCUGGGAAACUGCAAAAAUCUCCAAAGAAAGAACUUCUCAAGCCCAGCAACGCAGUUCAGAAGCAUAUGAGAACGGCUGACAAGGCGUUCAUCAUCAACGACCAGGCGCCGAAAACAGUGGAAGAAAACGUUUGCAGAGCGAGGAAACAAGAAACAACAGCUGGGUCUGAUGAGAAAACGUUAUUAGAAAUCUGCAGAUUGGCAGAAGAAAACGCGAGCGAGUAUUGGUGGGUAGGUGGUGGUGGAGUGUUACGGUUUGAUGAUUCAGAGGAGAUAUGCAUGCAUUUUGGGCAACAAAUUUUGGAUGUUCUUCUGAACGAUGUUGUCGGUGAACUUGUGCUAAUGCACAAAUCAAGAAUUUGACGUUAUAACUAAUGGAAUUUUAUAUGUGUACAAUGUUGUCAAGUACGUACCUAGUCCUUGAAAUCUGGGCAGAAUUUUAAAUAGCCAAACUGGCAGAGUAUGAAAUUAAAGGUAUUCCUCUGAUCUCUGGCAAUUACUUGUAAUGGUAGUAGUGUUCAGAAUGAUAGUGAGAAGAAAGAGUUCAAUGAAUAAUAUUUCUGUUUCCUAUCAAGAAA